CGAGACGUGUACGAGUUAUGAUGAGACGAAUUCCGCCCCAGCAAUCAGCAGGGUAUUUGGGUUUAGCCGAUAUUGAAAGGAAGAAAUCCGCACUUUACAUAUCCAUAAUAUGUAUUAUUGGAACCGAGUUUUGGGAGCGCUUUUCGUUUUGUGGACUAAGAACAAUUUUAUCACUUUACCUAAGAAACGAAUUACUUUUAGCCGAAAAUAGUGCGACAAUCGUUUACCACGUAUUCAUCAUGAUGUGUUAUCUAAUUCCGAUUUUUGGAGCGAUUUGCGCCGACAGCUUUUUAGGACGAUAUCGAACCAUCUUAUACUUCUCUUUAAUAUAUAUAUUGGGAAACAUUUUCAUGAUAUUCGCAGCUAUACCUACUAUUGAAAUGUCGCCUAUUUUGGCUACGAUUUUGGGAUUGGGUUUUAUAGCAAUUGGAACGGGAGGAACGAAGCCUUGCGUGGCUGCAUUCGGCGGCGAUCAAUUCAAGCUUCCGAUACAACAGGAUAAGCUGCAACAAUUUUUCUCGCUCUUCUAUUUCGCUAUAAAUUUGGGCGGAUUUGUGGGCAUGAUUUUGACGCCAAUCCUCAGAAAGGCCGUAACCUGUUUCGGGGAUGACACCUGUUACGCCUUAGGAUUCGGUUUUCCAGCAGUCUUGAUGCUUCUUUCUCUCCUUCUUUUUAUACUGGGAAAGCCUUGGUAUCGGAUGAAAUCGCCUAAAGGAAAUGUUAUGCUUCAAUUCGUUAAUUGCACUGCAUACGCUUUAGCUCAAAAGGUGGGCGGUGUUAAAAGAGAAAAUACAUCACAUUGGUUGGAUUAUGCGAAAGGGAAGUUUAACACAAAAUUAAUUCACGAUAUGAAAGUAGUAUAUGCGGUUUUGUGCCUCUACGCGCCUUUGCCCUUAUUCUGGUCGUUGUUUGAUCAGCAAGGAUCAAGGUGGACUUUUCAAGCUAGCAGGAUGAACGGUUUCAUAUGGGGUUUACAAAUUGUGCCCGAUCAAAUGCAAGUUAUAAACCCGGCCCUAGUUCUUUUUCUCAUCCCAUUCUUCGAUAAAUUCUUAUACCCAUUAUUGAGUAGAAGAAAUUGUUUGGAUAACCAUUUGCAUAGGAUGGCUGUGGGCGGUUUGAUUGCCGGAUUGGCGUUCAUAUGCGCCGGAUUUUUAGAGCUAAUUUUGGAAAGGAACUACCCGAAAAUGCCCGGCAAUAAUCGGGCUUCAGUGAACUUCGUGAAUACUCUACCAUGUGACGUUGAUGUAAAAAAUCCAUUCAACGGUUUUCUUCACCUAAAUUCCACAGAACGUUAUCGUUUUGAAGAUAUUCCCGCUCAUAACAAUUCACAGUAUAAUAUCACUGUAUAUGUACCCACAGAAUGUGGAUUUUUGAAGUCGCCGGAGGGACCCCACGAAGUACCAUUAAUUGCUAUAGAACAUCAGAUUGAUUCAGUUAUAUUAGCUGUAGAUAAAAACUAUCAAAUAGUUAACUACUUGAUUGAUCCGAUCGAAUUCAGGCGUUCACUAAGUGGGAAACCUAGAAUGAGAAUUGUACUUCUGAAGAUGAGCGAUGAUUUAUUCAACAUUACAAUUACUCUACAAAAUACCCAAACUUUAACGGACAUUUACUAUUUUCCGGAUACAAACAACGUUGUCAUGGUGUCUGGUUAUUUAGAGUUACCACCAGAUGG